AUGGGCGAUUGGAAGGCGGCUAAGGACCCCAAGGGUAGAAUAUAUUACUAUAAUACCGUUACAAAAAAGUCGACAUGGGAGAAGCCCAAGAAUUUUGCUGAACCAGAUCAGCCAAGUGCUAAUGACUGGAAGACGGGUAAGACUAAAGAUGGGAAGACAUACUAUUAUAACGUUAAGACCAGGGAAUCUAGGUGGACUUUACCCCCUGAAAUGAAACAGGAGGAAAAGGAGGAAGCAAGACCCAACAAAGAUUCAGAAAAAAUCGUGGAAAAUUUGACAUCAUCGAAUGAUAAAUAUAAAAAUGAUUCCAAGAUAUUGAAUGUAGCCUCUUUACCUAAAGAGCAAGCGGAACCGAUUUUCAUGCAGAUGCUAAAGGAUAACCAGGUAGAUUCCACAUGGUCUUUUAAUCGAAUCAUCUCUGAAUUGAGCACUACCGAUGCGAGGUAUUGGUGUGUUGACGACGAUCCGGUGUGGAAACAACAAGUAUUUGAGAAAUAUUUAAGUAAUAGAACAGAGGACCAGUUGCUCAAAGAACAUUCGGAAACAAAUAAAUUCAAACAGGCUUUUGAUAAGUUAUUAGCUUCCAAUGUACAAAGCGGUAAACUGACCGAGUAUACGACAUGGAGUUCGUUCAAGAAAAUUAUCCUAGAUGAACCAAUAUACAAGCAUUCUGUUAUCGAUGAAGGGAUCAAACGCAAGGCGUUUGAAAACUUCACAAAUAAUCUAAGGAAUCAGAGGCAGGCAGAGCGUGAUAAUCUGAAAAAACAAGCUCUUGAAGAAUUUAGAAUUUACUUAAAGAGUAUUCUAUUCAAUGGUGGUAGUGAACUGAAAAUGAUAUCUUGGCAUAAUCUUUUAAAUAAUUAUUUGUUUGAAAAAAAUAAGAGAUUUAUGGCAAAUCCAAAUUUUAAAAUUUUAACACAUGAGGAUACUCUCAUUGAAUAUUUGAAGCUUUUAAGUGAUUUUGAAAACGACAAAUUGAAGAUAAAAUUAUCAGAGUUGAAUGAAAAAAAUUAUACAACCGAUAGAAUAGCUCGUGACAAAUAUAAAAAGUUACUCUCAGGAUUAUCAAUUAAAGCAAAUACCAAAUGGUCAGAAGUUUAUGAUCAAAUCAAAAACGACCCUAUCUUUUUUAAUAUGCUUGGUAGAAAUGGCUCCAAUGCUGUAGAUUUGUUUUUAGAUAUUGUGGAAGAACAAAAAAUUAUUCUCUCUGCAAAGAGAUCUAUUGCACAACAAAUCUUGAUCACAAACAAUUUUGAAUGGUCAAUUGAUAAUGAAUCGGAUGAUGCAAAUAAGAUACGACAAAUCCUACUUAACAACGUGGAGAAAAAUGAGUAUGAAAAGGAAGAUAUCGAAUUGUUAAUUAUUGAACUAGUAAAAGUACGAAAUGCCAAGAAACAAGAACAAGUAGCUCUUGCGAGACAGAAUUUGGAACAGAAAAAAUACUAUUUAACCCAAUCUUUACAAAGAUAUUAUAGAGGACUUAACAGGAAACUGAUUGAAGAUUGGGAAGAAGCCAAGGAGCAACUAAAAGAUGUGAUUUCUGAGUAUAAUGAGCUGGAGGAAGAUGUCUUGAAAGAUACUUAUGCUAAGUUUAUCAGCAAUUUUGAUAAGCAAGGAACCGUUCAGUCGAAGAAAAGACCUUUAGCACCAACUGUAGAACUUGAUUAUUGA